AUGUGCAGAGAGCCUGGUAGCGCUGGUAGGUUCAUGGUGCAGACCCGUUUCGACAAGGAGAACACGGCCUGCGAUGACUGUAUCAUCACUGGCUUGGUGAUGUCGGUGCAGGGAUGCAUGCACGCACAACAGCAGAUUGAGAUCGAUGAGAUCAAGAAGAAUGGUUGGUCUGGUAUGAAUCCAAUGAUCUUGCAGUCAAUGCCACCAAGUCAACAGCAUAUGUUCCAAAAGGCGCGGGAGUCCGAGUCAAGUGGUGAUGCUUGA